AUGUCUAAAGAAUGCUUUACUUUUUUACUUGAAAAAGUAAAACCAGACCUAACCAAAAAAAUUACAAGAUUUCAAAAGCCUAUAUCUCCCAUCGAACGAUUAGCAGUCUGUAUCAGGUUCCUGGCUACUGGGGAUUCGUUUAAAACUAUUUCGUACAGUUUUCGAUUGGGGCAUUCAACUGUGACCGAAAUUGUACAUAGCACAUGUCGAUCUAUCGUUGAAAGAUUUAAGAAAGACGUUAUACCAGAACCAACAGAAGAAAUGUGGCGUAAAAUUGCCGAAGAUUUUGAAAAGCUUAGAGGUUUUCCAAAUUGUAUAGGCGCAUUGGAUGGAAAACAUUUUGUUAUUGAAGCCCCAGCCAAUAGUGGUUCUAUAUAUUUUAAUUAUAAACACACAUUCUCAAUUGUUUUAUUGGCGUUAGUGGACGCAUGCUACAAAUUUAUUGCAGUUGAUGUUGGCGCUUACGGACGAAACAGUGAUGGUGGCAUUUUUGCACAAUGUAAUCUUGGAAAACGUUUAGAAAAUGGGACGCUUCAUGUACCUAUUGGUAAAAAUUUACCCGGUUCCUCUACGUUUGCACCAUAUGUAAUAGUUGGUGAUGAAGCGUUUCCUUUGAAAACAUACCUAAUGCGACCGUAUCCAGGACACCAAGCAACAGGUGACGCUAAUAAAACGAAUUUCAAUCAUAGACUGUCUUUGGCCCGGCGACUAGUCGAAAAUGCCUUUGGUAUUUUGACACAAAGAUUUAGAAUAUUUCAAAGAAGAAUGAAACUUGCUCCAGAAAAUGUUGAUUACAUUAUUCUAUCUACAUGCGUACUGCAUGUAGAUAGAAUAAUGCAAUCAACAUUUUCAUAA